AGCGCCUCUGCCACGGCCUUCGCCCUUUCCGCGCGGAUGCAUGGCCCCACGCCGCCGAACAGGCCGCGCGGCACGACGGAUGGCGGCAAGACGUGUGCUGUCUGCGAGAAGCCAUCGACCACGCGAUGCUCAAAGUGCAAGGAGGUGAUGUACUGCUCGGUUGAAUGCCAGAGGCUCGAUUGGAAGGCGGGCCACAAGCAGGUGUGCUGCAGCGGCACCAGCGCCAGCGCGCUGGCCGCAAAGUCGGCGGCCGCGGCGGCGCUUCCACCUCCGUGGGAGCCGUUCAAGCCCGACCCCGAGGUGGAGGCGCUGAUUGACGAGGGCGCGGCCGCGCCCGUGACGGGGAUGGCCAACGUGGGCAACACGUGCUUCCUCAACGUCGUCGUGCAGUGCCUCUUCCACGGCCCGCUCUGGCACUACAUGCAGCGCGGCCUGCCGCGGCACAAGCCGCCGGCGGAGCACGAGCAGGGUUGCGGCGAGCCGGACUGCGUGAUCUGCGAGCUCAACGAGCUGGUCAGGAUGUACGCCAACCCGGGCGCGCGCAAGUGGAUCGCGCCGCGCUCGGUCGUGCGGAAGACUUUGUCCGCGUGCGCCGGCAUCGGGGUGGACUUUGGUCGGAUGCACGACUCGCACGAGUUCGCCAUCGCGGGCAUCAUCAACCGGCUGCUCAACGCCAACCUGCGCGGUGCGCCCGAGGCGAGCGGCAGCGACGAGUACGACUGCCUCGAGUGCCAGACGCUGCAGCACCACCUCUUCGGGGCUCUGUACGCGAGCGUGGUCACAUGCGAGAGCUGCGGCCACCAGACCGGGCGCAUGCAGCGAGACGCGAACGGGUUCACCCUUGCCCUCACCGGCCGCACGCCAGAGACGCCGGAGACGGGGCUGCGCGCGUGGGUGCGCGGCGCGGCGCAGCGGGUCGGGGAGAGGGUGGGUGUGGUCGAGGGGACGAGCGAGAGCGUCGAGGAGCUUCUCAAGUUCGACUUCGAAGGUGAGUCGCUCGAAGACUACAAGUGCGACGGGUGCGGCAAAAAGAUGGACGAGAUGGACGGCAAGCGGAUCGUCAAGAGG